AUGCAGAAGAUUUUGCUGAUCUCGUUGGCACUGGUUGGUGUCGCUUUGGCCUACGAACAUCACGGAUUUGUGAGCGAAGUCAAGCACAUCCCGUACAAGUACUUCGGCGGUGGCGGUAUCGGCGGUGGACAGGGUGGAUUUGAAGGUGGCAUCGGAGGCGGUAUUGGAGGCGGUAUUGGAGGUGGAAUUGGUGGCGGAUUCGAGGGCGGUUACGAGGGCAAGGACUACUAUGCCUACCCGAAGUACAAGUUCGAGUACGGAGUUAAGGACUAUCACACCGGUGAUCACAAGAGCCAGUGGGAAGUUCGGGACGGUGACGUUGUGAAGGGAGAGUACACCCUGCAGGAACCGGACGGUUCGAUGCGCGUUGUCAAGUAUCAUGCCGAUGGCAAGAACGGAUUUGAGGCUGUCGUCAAGAACAUUGGCAAGGGUGGUUACGAGCAGGGUGGUCAGUAA